AUGGCCGAGAAGUUUUAUGCCGACAUCGGCGCUGGGAUUUCGGAGGAGACUCUGGAGGAUUUCGUCAUGGUAGGCGACCUGAACAGACAGCUUGAUCGAUGCGUGGACCCUGCGAUCAGGAUUAUUGGCAAGCGUCAGGCUGAUGGGAGCUGGGAGAAUGCCGGUUCGGAACAAAGGGCAAGGCUCAAACUUGCUUGUCGCGCUUCCAGUCUCUAG